UUUUGUGAGUGUUCCCGUCGUUUGCCGCUGCCGGUUUCUACUUUCUUCUGUUAAAACGAAUUCAAGUUAAUAAUAAGUUGAUUAAAAAAUAUUUACGAUGCUCACCGAAACUACAUUAUCACUAAUACAAAUAUUAGAAAAGACUAUUUCACCAGAUCGAAAUGAAUUGGAAGCAGCUGAGAAAUACCUUGACCAUGCAGCGAUCACUAAUUUCACUGCUUUCAUCAAGAUGCUAUCAGAUGUAUUGGUACAAGGAGGUAACAGCCAGGUGGCACGAAUGGCUGCUGGUCUACAAAUAAAAAACCACCUUACCUCUAAAGACCCUUUAAUAAAACAACAAUAUCAACAGAGAUGGCUGUCACUACCUGAGGAUAUAAGACUGUACAUUAAAAAAAAUAUUUUAACAGCUAUAGGCACAGAAAACAGCAGGCCUAGUUCUGCUGCACAAUGUGUUGCAUAUGUAGCUGUAGCUGAACUUCCAGUUGGCCAGUGGAACGACCUCAUACCAAUUCUUGUAGAAAAUGUAGUAAAUGCUCAAUCCACAGAGUUAAAGAAGGAAGCAACGCUGGAAGCUAUUGGAUACAUUUGUCAAGAAAUUGAUGCCGAAGUCUUAACAGAACAAAGUAAUCCAAUUCUCACUGCCAUUAUACAUGGAAUGAGAUCAAAUGAACCUAGUAAUCAUGUUAGACUUGCAGCAACUCAGGCUUUGUUGAACUCACUUGAAUUCACUAAAGCCAAUUUUGAUAAAGAAAAUGAAAGGAAUUUUAUAAUGGAAGUUGUUUGCGAAGCCACCCAGUCUACUGACAUGAGAAUCAGUGUUGCUGCUUUGCAGUGUUUAGUUAAAAUACUUUCCCUUUACUAUCAAUACAUGGAACCAUACAUGGGUCAAGCAUUAUUUCCUAUUACCUUAGAAGCAAUGAAAUCAGAUAUAGAUGAAAUAUCACUGCAAGGUAUUGAGUUUUGGUCAAAUGUAAGUGAUGAAGAGAUAGAUCUUGCUAUUGAAGAAGCUGAGGCAGCAGAAGCAGGACGCCCCCCUGUUAGAACAUCAAGAUUUUAUGCUCGAGGUGCAUUACAGUAUCUAGCACCAGUGCUUAUGCAAAAAUUAACCAAACAAGAUGAUUCUGAUGAUGAGUUAGAAUGGAACCCCUCUAAAGCAGCUUCAGUGUGCUUAAUGCUUCUUUCCAAUUGCUGUGAAGAUGAAAUUGUACCUCAUGUCUUACCAUUUAUUAAUUCAAAUAUUAAAAGUGAAAACUGGCGGUAUAGAGAAGCUGCUCUUAUGGCAUUUGGUUCUAUAUUAGGUGGUUUAGAAGCAAAUACUCUGAAGCCAUUGGUUGAAAAGGCAAUGCCGACUCUAAUUCAAGCCAUGUAUGAUUCAAGUGUUGCUGUGAGAGACACAGCUGCAUGGACUUUUGGGCGUAUUUGUGAAAUCGUCCCCGAAGCCGCAAUUAAUGACACCUAUCUUAAACCACUCUUAGAAAGUCUCGUAAAUGGUUUAAAGGCUGAGCCUCGAGUAGCUGCAAAUGUUUGCUGGGCUUUCACUGGUUUAGCUGAAGCUGCUUAUGAAGCAGUUUUAACUGGAGACACUACCCAGCCACAAACCUAUUGCAUGUCCAAUUUCUUUGAUUUUAUUGUCCAACGACUGUUAGAAACAACUGAUCGUCAAGAUGCAGCUCAACACAAUUUAAGGUCUGCUGCUUAUGAGGCGUUAAUGGAGAUGGUUAAAAACUCCCCUACUGAUUGUUAUGUUACUGUUCAAAAAACAACAAUGGUAAUCUUAGAGCGACUGCAGCAAGUUUUACAAAUGGAAAAUCACAUAUCUAGUCAAGCAGAUCGUUCACAAUUCAACGAUUUACAAAGUCUUCUAUGUGCCACUUUACAAUCGGUACUUCGUAAAGUUACACCAGAAGACGCACCUCAGAUAUCAGAUGCCAUCAUGACAGCACUUUUGACAAUGUUUGCUGGAAAUGCUGGUAAGGCUGGUGGAGUCCAAGAAGAUGCGCUCAUGGCGGUAUCUACCUUAGUAGAGGUCUUAGGUGAAGGCUUCUUAAAGUACAUGGAUGCAUUUAAGCAAUAUCUUUAUGUUGGACUUAAAAACCACCAAGAAUACCAAGUUUGCAUAGCUGCUGUUGGUCUUACUGGUGACAUUUGCCGUGCCCUAAAGAGUAAGGUGCUACCAUACUGUGAUGAAAUAAUUUGCCUCUUAUUGGAAAAUCUAGGUGAUCCAUCAAUACAUCGCUCCGUGAAACCACAAAUUUUGUCAGUUUUUGGAGAUAUAGCUCUGAGCAUUGGCCCCGAUUUUGCCAAAUAUUUUGAUGUUGUUAUGCAAAUGUUGUUGCAGGCCAGCAAUGCUCAAGUGGAUCGUAAUGACUAUGAUAUGGUUGAAUAUUUAGGUGAACUGAGAGAAAGUGUGCUAGAAGCAUACACGGGAAUCAUUCAAGGCCUAAAAGGUUCUACUGGCGAGGUGCGGUCGGACGUGGCCCUGGUGGAGCCGCACGUGCCGGCGAUCGUGAACUUCAUGACGCUGGUGGCCAUGGAGCCGGAGCGCACGGACGGGCACAUGUCGGUGGUGGCGGGGCUGGCGGGCGACCUGUGCACGGUGUUCGGCGCGCGCGUGCUGCCGCUGCUGGAGACGCGGCCGCUGCUCGACCUGCUGCAGGCCGCGCGCCGCUCGCGCACGCCGCGCACCAAGACGCUCGCCAACUGGGCCACCAAGGAGAUCCGCAAGCUCAAGCAGCAGGCGCCCCUCACUAGCUGAGAUUUGAAACGGCGCAAAUCAACAGUGAUGUAAUGAAGUUCAAGUCAACUUACUGCUGGUAAACUCAUGUAUUGGAAGGUCAUAUGUCAUCAUUAUUUGUAAGUCGUUAGGUGCAUUCGCUUUCAGGUUGCGAGUUUUCAUUUCAUAUUGUUGUUGCAUUCUUGAAGAUAGUAAAUAAUGUUUAAAUUACAGUUUUUUUUCUCAAUCAAUUAUAAUUUAUGAUGUUAUAAUCAAUGUACUGGUUGACUUUUCAUAGUUGCUGUUUAUUACAUUGCAUUAUAAUGUGAGUCAGUAUUUUUAUUUUCAUCUAUUGUGGCAUAUAAUUAUAUAAUAUAAUGUAUUAUAUAAUUAUAUAAUACCAGUGCCAGUAGAUUUAAUACAAUAGUGAAUAAUUGCCAGCCUCAUGCAAUGCACCUUACGCAGCAUUCUUGAUAUUUUAUGCCUCAGCAUAAUCUUUCCAUAAUAUUCUUAAUAAAAGCAUUUUUUCCUAUUUGGUAUAGUAGAUACAGACAGUGGCUGUGGUAUCUUUACUUAUGUGACACAAAAGGGAUUAUACGAAAGUGCUUGUAUGAAAGUCGAAGUAUGUUAUUAUAAGGCAUGCACAUAUGCAAGGGAUUGUAAGUUUUAUAAAUUAUUGUUACGUUUUGUAAGGAGUAUGAUAGGAUGUAUGAAGGGAAUUGAAGUGUAUGAGAUGCGUGAAUGAUUAUCACAGAUAUUUUGUAAAUUUAGGCAUGUGUCAAUCUUAUCGAAGGGUUGGUAUAAUGUAUAAGAUUCCGUCAACUUUAUUCGAGCGAGAUAGAAGGACGCCAUAUUGGUGAAAAUUUCUUUCACUAUCACAGAUUAAUAAAAUUAACACUUAGUUUUUUUUUUUAAAUAAAAAUUUUAAAUUUAAAACAUUAUCAAAUAUGUAUUUUUUUGUAUCAAUUGUUCGCUUUUAAUGCUGUUUGUGAAACAAACAUGCUAAGUCACAUUUUUCUUUUAAUAUUUAUUUUAAAUUAAGUUAGAAUCAUAUUUUUUCUUUCUGUGAUGGUUGAAUGAAAUCUUGCCUUCAUAUCCCAAGUUCGCAUAAUUUGUACAUAUGUAAUUAAAACCUUUUAAUUUACAAUAUUGCAGUAAUGGGGCAUUUUAAUAUUAACUAUGGUAUUUAAUUAUUAAAAAAUAAUUGUCCAAACAUUCGAGAGAAGGCAAAUAUUACAAAGUGAUCGAAAUACUGAAUCUCAAAUUGUUUAGACUUUUCUACAAUUUAUUUGACAAUGCCAUUACAAUAUCAGUAGUGUCCAGUAUUUCUUUUAAACCAUCACUAAAAAUGUCAAAUACAAAUCCAUAUGAUCCAUUUUUAUUCUCUUAUUAUUAUAUUAUGUUUAAUACACUAUAAAAAUUGUGCUUUCUUCAACAAUGUGAUAUGCUACUAUUUUUGUGUAACAAUUGACGAAAACGUAAACAUAAUACAAAAUAAUUUUCCUUUCAGAAGUUAGUUUGCUCCUUAAUUAUAUGUAUGUAUACCUUAAUGAGUGCCUUUUAAAUUGACGAAUUUAUUAUCUGUUGUUUUUUUUUUUAAAUCCAUUGUUCAAUACGAGAGUAUUUGAAAGGUUUUUUUCUUCACAUCCAAAUCAAUGUAGGUAGUUUGUGUCGUAUGGAAAGCCACCUUUAAAGACGUUAAGUUUUCUGUAAUUGAAAUUUGUAGAGUGUCUGCUAGUCUGUGAGCAUCACUGACAGGGAUGAUGUUUGCGCGAAUUAUGCAAGAUUUUUUAUGAGAAGUGUGUUUAACAGAUGUUGUACCUUACAUACAUUUUAAAUUUUUUAAUCAAUUUUUCAGUCACAGUUCUCGUUAUCAUAUAAUGUACUUAUAUCAAAGCAUGAUAGGAGAAUAUAUGUGAGGAUUAGUGCCAUGCCGUGAAAGGUUCUGAUGUAGAAUCAUAGGCAUUGAGUCGAUGAAUACCACCCACUUUUCCUGCGCAAAUAAAUAUUAAUUCAAAUUAUUUUGUUACCUUAUAUUUCUUUUUUUUAAGCCUACAAUUAGUAUUCUGUAAACUGUUCUACUGUAAUAAAACAAUUGAAAGUU